AAUGCUUCAGGCACAUUAUCUCCUCCGGAAGCAUUCGUUUUACUGCCGCUUGACAGAGGAUAAGAAGUCUGAGAAAUUCUUCAAGGUGUUUUACGACCGGAUGAAGCUCGCGCAGCAAGAGAUCAAAGCCACUGUGACUGUAAAUACCAGCGACCUUGGCAAUAAAAAGAAAGACGAUGAAUCUUCAGAGAGGGACGUGCCAGUGCGAAGAAGAGCCAAAGAACCUGCAACGCAACUCAGUGACGAAGUAAGAGAUCAGCUGCUCGAGGCUUCGGCUGCAACCCGCAAAGCCUACAACACCUACCGCAGGGAGGCUGACCCAGAGGACCACUUCGCCGCUGCAGAUGGCAACCAGGCGGCUGCAGAGAAGAACAAAGACGAUGGCGAGAUGAGUGCUGUGAUUGCCAUCAUGCAGCCAAUCCUUCGCUUCUUGCAGCUGCUUUGUGAAAACCAUAACCGAGACCUUCAGAACUUCUUGAGAUGCCAAAACAACAAGACUAAUUACAACCUGGUCUGUGAGACUCUGCAAUUCCUGGAUUGCAUCUGUGGCAGCACCACGGGUGGGCUCGGUCUUCUGGGACUCUACAUCAAUGAGAAAAAUGUGUCCCUCAUCAAUCAGACACUGGAGAGCUUAACUGAAUACUGUCAAGGACCCUGCCAUGAGAAUCAGAACUGUAUUGCCACCCAUGAAUCGAAUGGAAUUGACAUCAUCAUUGCAUUAAUUCUGAAUGACAUAAAUCCAUUGGGGAAGAAACGAAUGGACCUCGUACUAGAGUUGAAGAAUAAUGCCUCUAAACUGCUCCUGGCAAUCAUGGAGAGCAGGCAUGACAGCGAGAAUGCGGAGAGGAUACUCUACAACAUGAGGCCCAAGGAACUGGUGGAAGUGAUCAAGAAGGCCUAUCUCCAAGGCGAGGUGGAGUUUGAGGAAACUGAAGACGGUGAGGAUCAUGCAGCAUCGCCCCGGAAUGUUGGCCACAAUAUUUACAUUCUUGCACACCAGUUGGCACGUCACAACAAAGAGCUGCAGCAAAUGCUGAAACCCGGCAGUCAGAUGGGCGAAGGCGAUGAAGCCUUGGAAUAUUAUGCUAAGCACACAGCUCAGAUUGAGAUUGUGAGGCAGGAUCGCACUAUGGAACAAAUAGUCUUCCCUGUUCCAAAUAUCUGCGAGUUUCUUACCAAGGAAUCUAAACUGCGUGUGUACUAUACCACUGAGCGGGAUGAGCAAGGGAGUAAGAUAAAUGACUUCUUCCUGAGCUCUGAGGAUCUCUUCAAUGAAAUGAACUGGCAGAAGAAGCUUCGAGGACAGCCAGUUUUGUACUGGUGCUCACGUAACAUGACCUUUUGGAGCAGCAUCUCCUUCAAUUUGGCAGUUCUCAUGAACCUGCUGGUGGCAUUAUUUUACCCUUUUGAAGGUGUCCGAGGAGGUACUUUGGAGGCACACUUAUCGGGCCUACUGUGGACAGCCGUCUGUAUAUCUCUGGCCAUCGUGAUCGCCCUUCCUAAACCCCAUGGUAUCCGAGCUUUGAUAGCCUCUACAAUUUUGCGGCUUAUAUUCUCUGUUGGUUUAGAGCCAACCCUUUAUUUGUUGGGCGCAUUUAACGUAGGAAAUAAAGUAAUAUUCCUGACUAGUUUUGUGGGAAACCGAGGAACGUUCACUCGAGGUUACAUGGCAAUGGUCCUGGAUGUGGAAUUUCUCUACCACUUAGCGUACACACUAAUAUCUGUGAUGGGACUUUUAGCCCAUGAAUUCUUCUAUAGUCUCCUGCUUUUUGAUCUGGUUUACCGAGAAGAGACGUUGCUGAAUGUCAUCAAGAGUGUCACUCGCAAUGGACGCUCCAUCAUUCUGACAGCUGUGCUCGCUCUUAUCUUAGUCUACCUGUUUUCCAUAGUUGGCUUUUUGUUUUUCAAGGAUGACUUCAUCCUGGCAGUGGACAAGGUGUCAAACAAAACCUACUGGGCAGAAGAUGCUGCGUCGAUGGCAGAAGAGUUCCUGACUGCUGAUGUCUGUCACCUGGGCAAUGGAGAGAACUGUUCAACACUUUACUCUGUGGAAAGUAACGAAUUGCUGCCAGAGAAUGAAGAGGACUCGGAGCAUACAUGUGAAACCCUGCUGAUGUGUAUCAUUACUGUACUCAGCCAUGGACUGCGAAGUGGUGGAGGCGUUGGAGAUGUGCUCAGGAAACCUUCCAAAGAGGAACCACUAUUUGCUGCUCGUGUGAUCUAUGACCUUCUGUUCUUCUUCAUGGUCAUCAUCAUUGUCCUGAACUUGAUCUUUGGUGUCAUCAUUGACACUUUUGCUGACUUGAGGAGUGAAAAGCAGAAAAAGGAAGAAGUUCUGAAAACCACUUGCUUUAUAUGUGGCUUGGAAAGGGAUAAAUUUGACAACAAGACAGUAACCUUUGAAGAACAUAUCAAGGAAGAGCACAACAUGUGGCACUAUCUAUGUUUUAUCGUUUUGGUGAAAGUCAAGGACUCCACUGAAUACACUGGGCCGGAGAGCUACGUAGCAGAGAUGAUCAAGCAACGGAACCUGGACUGGUUUCCACGUAUGCGUGCCAUGUCACUGGUUAGCAGUGAUGCUGAAGGAGAGCAAAAUGAGUUGCGAAAUCUGCAGGAAAAGCUGGAGUCAACAAUGAAGUUGGUUACUAACUUAUCUGGCCAACUGUCGGAGCUAAAAGAACAGAUGACGGAACAAAGGAAGCAAAAGCAACGAAUCGGUCUUCUUGGCCACCCUCCACACAUGAACAUUAACCCCCAGCAACCGGCCUAAUGAGUAGAUGGCAUGUUGAAUCGAAAUAGAUGGGCUCAGGAUCUUUCACCCAACUACUGAAACAGUAUAAGUCAUCAAAUGUUUACUUGUGUGCACCAUAGGAGUAAAUGACACUUCUUUAUAGUUGAGGUUUCUUGCUACUUAUACCUAGCUCCCUAAGGAACUAUGUUCUGUCUCAUUCGUUGACAUGUUCUGCUUCCAUUUCUGCCAAAGAAGGAAUCCCAAUUGUUCUUCAAAGGUCUCCAUUUGGAAGCAGCAGAGUUGUAUAAUUAAAAAAAAGCACAUUUGAAGAGCCGACUGUCAAGAUAAUGGGUAGGGCAGAGGUUUUUGUAUGUACAGAAAAAUAGUUGUGUAACCAGUAUUUAAUGUCCUAUUUUUGUAAGUUGACUGUGCAAUAUGACAUAAUGAAUAUGCAAAUACUCUAUAUAACUUUGCAUUUGUAGAUGAGCACUGAAAUGUACUAUCUGUGAAGAGCCACAUUGUCUUUUGCUAAAUGAAUACCCACCUGUUUAUUUUCUUUGAAGCUGAGAGAUGAUGAAUGGUAAAUUUUGUAUAUUUGCUGCCUUAGAUUAGUUUUGUAUAAGUACCUCAGUUUACAGAUGGCAGACAAGUCAGUGACCAAGAGAGUAGUGUUAAUGACAGAAAAUAUACACAAAGCACUAAUAUUAUACAAGUCAAGCGUGGUAUUGACAGUUGUAAGAUGCAUAAGAAAAGCUAUUUAAUAAAUAUCUAAA